AUGUCGUCUAUGAACAAGUUAACACUCGACGACGUUUUGUAUCAUAGCGAAAUCUUUUAUAAUUAUUUUCUUGGAAAAGUACUGAUCGUUCCACUAGGUAUGCGCGUUGUCCUACAUUUGUUAAAUUUGAUCGUUAUUUUAUGGACGGUUUAUGUUCGUCAUAUAAUAAUUGAAAUGAAAAACCUCAUUGUUGGACAAACGGGUCUGGAAGUAAACAAUUUCGAAAGAAUGAAACGACUCAGUAAAUUCAAUGCCCAUCAUCGUAAACUACUUUUUACUGUGCUCAUUCUCGUCGUAUUGAACUCUGCUUUACUUGACGCAACAAUGAUCGAUUUUUGA